GCGUCUGGGAUGCUGGGCCCGGCGCCUGCGGAGACCAAGCUCCCCUGGGAGUUCUCGGCCUGGCCUGAGUGGGUGACAUCACAGCAGAUCACAGGACCAUCUUGGGCUUUAACCUGCGGAGCCCCAGGCCGCUUCCUAACUGCACCUGGCACGGAAAGACUAGAGGGCGGUCUGCGAACGGCAUUGGUUAUAGAUCAUUCCGAGAAAAUCUCUGCUGGAGCUUCUGCUCUGUUCAGAGGACACGUCAUCUGGAACUCUCGAAAUGUUUGCCAAAGCAACAAAGAAUUUUCUUAGGGAAGUUGAUACAGGAGGUAACCUGACUGCAGUAUCAAACUUGAAUGACUCUGAUAAAUUACAACUUCUAAGCCUGGUGACCAAGAAAAGGAGAUUCUGGUGCUGGCAGAAACCCAAGUACCAGUUUUUAUCUGUCACCCUUGGAGACGUACUCACAGAAGACCAGAUUCUGAGUCCAGUGGUCGUGGAGUCGGACUUUGUGAAGUACGAGGGCAGGUUUGAAGACCAUAUGCGUGGGGCCCUCAAGACAGCGCUGGGCAAGGUCAAGCUGACCCUUGGAGGCAAAGGCUUCGUGGAGAGUCAGUCGUCGUUUGGAACCCUGAGGAAGCAGGAGGUGGACCUGCAGCAGCUCAUCAGGGAUGCCCAGGGGAGAACAAUCGAUCUGAAGAAUCCUGUGCUGCAGCAGGUGCUGGAGAGGAAGAAUGAGGUCCUGUGUGUCCUGACCCAGAAGAUCGUGACGACGCAGAAGUGUGUGGUCUCCGAGCACGUCCAGAUGGAGAAGUGCGGCGUGGUGGGGAUCCAGCUCAAGACCGUGCAGGUGUCAGUGGUGGACCGCGGGAACAGCAGCAAGGGCAGCAACGUGGUGCUGGAGCUCCCGGCGCCCACCACCCUGGCCUACGGCGUCAUCGAGCUGUACCUGAGAGCGGACGGCCAGUUCGAAUUCUGCCUCCUCCAAGAGAAACACGGCGGCUUCCAGCAGACAAGGGAGAGCAGCUCUGCCUCACUGGAGCUCCUGCCCCUCCUAGAGUUUGGGUUCUGGGACAUGACAGAUGCUUUGCGGGGGGCGUCCGUCGUGGAUGAGCCACUGGGUAUUUUGAAACAAGUCACGUGGCUCUUGAAGAGGAACUUCCAUCCCUUUGCGGAGCUGCCGGAGCAGCAACAGACAGCUCUGAACGAUGUCCUCCAGGAGGUCCUGUUUGAUGAGGAGAUGCUCAUGGCCCUGGAACAAGUGUGUGACAGUGUGGCCAGCAGCAGACUGUUGCCCCCUCUGGCCGGGCGGGGGGAGCUGAAGCCUUCACAGCAGCAGAAGCUCAUGGCCUUCCUGCAGCUGGUGGGGUGCAGCGUGCAGGGUGGGGUUCCGGGCCCAGAGGAUGUGGUCAGCAACCGGAAACUCUUUUCUACGGCCUACCUCUUGGUCAGUGCACUAGCAGAAAUGCCAGAUAAUGCAGCAGUUCUGCUGGGCACUUGCUGUAAGCUCCAGAUUAUUCCUACACUGUGCCACCUGCUCUAUGCUCUGUCUGAUGAAGGCAUGUCGGAUCUUGAAGACCCAAUGCUGGCUCCUUUGAAAGACGCGGAGACCCUUGAGAUCGUGCAGCAUCUGUUCGCCUUAGCUGACAUUAACCUGGAAAUGCUGCAGUCAUCUGUGCAAGCUACUGCAAGCAAGGACCCUGCAGUUCUCCCACUGAUUCUUUACAUAAGCCUGAAUGGACUCUGUGCUCUAGGAAGAGCACAUUAAUAGCAAUGUAUGUGGAUUACAGGUACAGGCACACCUUGUUUUAUUGUGCCUCACCGAUAGUGUUUUUUUUUAACAGAUUGAAAGUCGGUGGCAACCCUAUGGUCGAGCAAGUCUAUUGGCACCAUUUUUCCAAUAGCAUUUGCUCACUUUGGGUCUCUAUCAUGUUUUGGUAAUUCUCACAAUAUUUCAAACUUUUUAAUCAUUACUAUAUUUGUUAUGGGGACCUGUGAUAUUCAGUGUUACUACUGCAAAAAGAUUACAACAUGCUGAAGACUCAGAUGAUAAUUAGCAUUUUUUAGCAAUGAAGUAUUUUAAGGUAUAUACAUAUAUAUGUGUAAUGCUAUUGCACACUUUAAAUAGACAAGGUAGUAUAAACAUAACUUUUACCUGCACUGGGAAACGAGCACAUUUGUGCGACUUGCUUUAUUGCAGUGGUCUUGAAGUGAACUUGUAGUAUCUCUGAGGUUUGCCUGUAUGUGACAUCAGCCAAGGCUGGCUAUUUUUUAGCGUCUUCAAGAUACUACCUUUGGGGCUUAGGGUCACCACGUUAAGACAUUGAUCAAGGACAUGAAUUUACAGAACAGUUUUACAAAGUGGUGACUUUUUGCAUUAUGAUUGGCUUGAGUGUGGCCAUCAGCUCCUCUGUGAAGAGGAUCUUUUCCAAAGCAGGCCCUCCUGUGCUGGUGACUCAGUGGCCAAGCUAGACCCCAGCUCCAGAGAAGCUACAGGCAGGUUGAGACUUCCAAGCUACUAUACAGGCAGACCUUUUCUCUGCUGAAAAGCGGGGCUAUCUGUCACUUUCUUCUAUUUCCCACUUUCUGUUAAACAAAAACAGAUGAGGCUGACACUCUGAUCCAGAAAUUCAUUUUAAGUUGUGAAGGCUGUGGGGAUGCAACUUCUCUUCGUAGAAGGCUGCAUUUUGGAGGUGCUGUGUGCCAUGCGAUGGUUGAAAAAUGAACUGGAAAUGCCAGUACACAUAUUCUUCUGCUAAAGAAAAUCAUGCGAAAAAAUAACCUAACAGCAGGACACCCUUCCUUAGGGUCUAGCUAGAUGCAUUUUCUGUGACUUUGCCAUGCUUUGAUGAGUGGAUCAGUGUGAUUUCCCAUGCAUUCCAGAUAUUUAAUUUGUAAAAUACUACAUACUGUGUCAAAGGAAACUUCGACCUGUAUAUACAUUGCUUUUUAUUGUCUUUCAUAUCCUACUGGAAAUAGUCCGACUGUCUCCCGAGAGCCCCCAGUCUGUUGCUAACAUCCAGUGGGGACCUGAAGCCACUUCAGCUUCUCUUGGCAAAAAGCAGCAGGGAUCUACUGCUGGAAUUUGUCUUUAGGAGCAGGAGGCAUUGGGGAUGAGGACUAGCAGUUGUUGGAGAGAAACCUGCCAUGUUAUUCAGCACCUGCUUUUUAUCUCAGUAUCACCUACUUAUUCCCUUUUUGUACUUCAUAUUUUAAUGGCUGUUAAUAAAGAAGAAAUGAAGCAAAUAACCCUUUCAUUACCUCUAUUAAAAAUGAGGCUAAAUUAUGCAAACAUGCAAAUACUUAUGUGAAGGGAAAAAAAGGAUACAGAGUUAUACUCUGUGGUGGCAACAACAUGAAAAAUAAGCACUUCAUAACACAAACUGGAUAGGAAUAUGGAAAAGUCAAAACAGUUGUGCCGACAUGGUGGCACUAUUCAUGCUUUUUGUCUGGUUUUCUGAAAUAAGUAUAAAGAACAUACUGCAGACAGAA